CGCCUAUAUCAGCGCGUGCGCGCGGCGGCCCGCGGCGGCGGACAAGAUGGCGGCGGUGCGGGCGAUGCGCGGGCUGGUGAACGGCGCCGGGCCCGGCGGCCCGCGGGAGCAGGCGGCGGCCCUGGCCCGCGACUACUUCUCCCAGCCGCGCCUCACGUAUAAAACUGUAUCAGGUGUCAAUGGUCCCCUGGUAAUCUUGGAUCAAGUUAAGUUUCCUAGGUAUGCAGAGAUUGUCCACUUGACUCUUCCUGAUGGUACAAGGAGAAGCGGGCAGGUUCUGGAAGUCAGUGGCUCCAAAGCUGUAGUUCAGGUAUUUGAGGGAACUUCAGGUAUCGAUGCUAAGAAAACAUCUUGUGAGUUUACUGGGGAUAUUCUUCGAACCCCUGUCUCUGAAGAUAUGCUUGGUCGAGUAUUUAAUGGAUCGGGAAAACCUAUAGACAGAGGCCCCAUUGUUUUAGCUGAAGAUUAUCUUGACAUAAUGGGUCAACCAAUCAAUCCUCAGUGUCGAAUCUAUCCAGAAGAAAUGAUUCAGACUGGCAUUUCUGCUAUAGAUGGUAUGAACAGUAUUGCCAGGGGGCAGAAAAUCCCCAUAUUCUCAGCUGCUGGUUUGCCCCAUAAUGAGAUUGCAGCUCAGAUAUGUCGCCAGGCUGGCUUGGUGAAGAAAUCCAAAGAUGUGAUGGACUACAGUGAAGAAAAUUUUGCUAUUGUGUUUGCUGCUAUGGGUGUGAACAUGGAAACUGCUCGGUUCUUCAAAUCAGACUUUGAGGAAAACGGGUCCAUGGACAACGUGUGCCUGUUCUUGAAUUUGGCUAACGAUCCAACCAUUGAACGCAUUAUCACACCUCGUCUAGCUCUAACAACAGCGGAGUUCUUGGCAUAUCAGUGUGAGAAGCAUGUACUGGUCAUUCUGACAGAUAUGAGCUCCUAUGCUGAAGCUCUGCGAGAGGUUUCAGCAGCUAGAGAGGAAGUGCCUGGCCGUCGUGGUUUCCCAGGUUACAUGUACACUGACUUGGCUACUAUAUAUGAGCGUGCUGGGCGUGUGGAAGGCAGAAAUGGUUCCAUUACUCAGAUUCCUAUUCUUACCAUGCCCAAUGAUGAUAUUACUCAUCCCAUCCCUGACUUGACUGGAUACAUCACUGAGGGACAAAUUUAUGUGGAUAGGCAGCUGCAUAACAGACAGAUAUACCCACCUAUUAAUGUCUUGCCCUCCUUGUCUCGACUGAUGAAGUCAGCUAUCGGAGAGGGCAUGACCAGGAAGGACCAUGCAGAUGUAUCCAACCAACUGUAUGCCUGCUAUGCUAUCGGAAAGGAUGUACAGGCUAUGAAGGCUGUAGUUGGUGAGGAAGCUCUUACCUCAGAUGAUCUUCUUUACCUGGAGUUUCUGCAGAAGUUUGAGAAGAACUUCAUUGCUCAGGGUCCUUAUGAAAAUCGUACUGUUUACGAGACCUUGGACAUUGGAUGGCAGCUUUUGCGAAUCUUCCCCAAGGAGAUGUUGAAGAGAAUUCCACAGACAACACUGGCUGAAUUCUAUCCUCGGGAUUCGACUGCAAAGCACUAGCUGCAGCUUCAUCACUAGCUCCUUGCUCUGUGAAAUGCUGUUUGUUUUCUUUCUUCAUGUGUUGGUGUUUACUUGUCGCCCUUGUAAUUAAAACCAAGAAUAGGUGACAUUUGUGCCAGUGUUCCUAUGUACACUGAUACCAGUUUUUAAAAUAUCCCUACUUCCAAAGCCUGGAUCUUCAGGAAAAUCUUUAGGCCAGCUCUUACAAAUGUGCAAUAGCUGUCAUGAAGCUUGUGUUUUGGAACUGGACCUUUUGUAGACAUUUUAAAAGAAUGUCUGAGAAUUAUCAGAAAGUGUAAAUCCUUACUUUCAAACCAGGAACAUGUGGUUUAGAAAACAUGAAGGAGCAAAUGACUUCCUUUGUCCAAAGAAUCUGCUCUAUCAUACUUAGUUGCCAUGCUGAUGGUAGAACAGAUGGCACUUUGCUGUGCUGCUGUUGUGCUUGAAGACCAAGCUAAUAUGUGGAAAGUGUGGUGCAAGUAACAUCUUUGAAAAAUGCAAGUCACUAAUUUUUAAAUAUGGCUUAAUAAUCUUAAAGAUAUGCGUGAAGUAGGGACACUAGUGAGCAUACUAGUGCUUUUCCACUAGCAGAGGGUCUUUUUGGAGGUCACAGGCAGUGGGUUGCUACCUGAGGGGAGCUUGUUAGGACUCAGUUACUGAUUUAAAGGUUUUAAAUUGAAGUUUGCAAACUAAGUUUCCUACUUACCCAUUUUAUUCCUUGAAUUCUAGAAAUGCCAGAGACACAAAACAGCGGCUAAAGCAUUCCAAGGUCAGUAGUGUCCCAAUGGGCAAACUGUAGAUAAUUCAAGGUGUCGUGCUGCUACUGAAGGGGAUUAUGUGUGAUGUGACAAACUAUUAAACCUGACACGCUUGUACUGGUGGGAGGUCAGCUUUUAAAAUGUCUUGUACUAAAUGAUGCAACAGAAGAAAACUUAAUAUGUGGAUGGAUAUUUUGAAUUCUGUUAUAAAGCAUGCUCUAGGUGACACUGGGUCCUGAAUCAUGUUUGAAACUGCUGUGGAUUGCACUCUAGACACAGAUUUGGCUAGCCAGGAGAGCUCAGCAUUCCCAAACACUUCCAACUUGGCUAGUCAAUUCUGUGUUGUAUUUUUAACUAGUUUUAAGUGAGGCUCAGAGCCCAGUGCUGGCAGGCUUUCUUGCUUUCUUUUUUUUCUUUUUCCCCCCAGGCUUAAUGUAGUCUAAGCUCUGGUUUAGCUAAACCAAAGCAUGUUGCACCUCUCUAAACAACUUUCUCAGUGCUUGUCUAGGAAGGUGCUAACAUAGCUUACACUAUAGUGUAAUAACUCCAGAAUUCCCUGAUGUUUCCCUAUGUGCAGUUCUUUCUAUAGUUUGUUCAGUGUUCUCUGUAACUUGGAUGCAAAGCAACUUUAUUCCAGUGCAUUCCACCCUAAAGCUGUGUCAAGUCUAUUUUUCUUGAGGUAGGGAUGGGAGGUUGGAAGUAUUGGCAUGAGAAUACUUUAAUGUAGAAAAUAUCUAAAUAAAUUAAAUAUGAAAGGUGUUGAAUGAAAUAGAA